AUGAAUAAGGAAGUAAGUCUUUUUGUUGAAGGGUCAGAAUCUAUGUUAAUGAUGAAGGAAGCUAAAAAUGAAGAUGAAGCUUAUGAUUUGUAUAAUGAAUAUGCUUUUAGUAAAGGUUUUGGUAUUAGGGUUUGGAAAGGUCGGAAGCGUCAAAACAGUGAACUUUAUACUAUGAAACGGUUCUUGUGUAGCUGCGAAGGGAUUAAAGAUAAAAAAAGGAAGAGAACAAGGUCUUAUGCUAGAUUGGAUACGCGUACUGGGUGUACUGCUUUUGUUCAGUUUUCUAUUGGUAAAGAUGGUGUGUGGACGGUUGUGAAUCAUAAUAUGAUUUAUAACCAUGCUAUGGUUCCUCUAAAUAAGAGGCAUUUGAUAAGAUCACAAAGGAAGGUUAGUAAGGAGACUCUUUACUUUAUGUCUACUUUAAAAGCUAGUGGUGUUAAAGUGUCUGAUACCUUGAGGGUUUUGAGGAAAGAAGUAGGCGGAUCACCUAUGGUCGGUUUUAAAGCUAGUGAUGCUUAUAAUGCUUUAUCACGUGCAAAAGCUAAUAAACUUGAAGGUCAUGACUGUCAUCAGUUAAUCAAGUAUUUUGCUCAGAGAAAUUCCAGUGAAGAAGGUUUUUAUUAUGACUUUGAGCUUAGUGAAGAAGAGGGACUUUUAAGUUUCUUUUGGCGUGAUGGUAGGAUGAAGAGAGAUUAUGAUUAUUUUGGGGAUUUAUUGGUUUUUGAUACUACUUAUAGGACCAAUAAAUAUGAUAUGAUUUGUGCUCCUUUUGUUGGUAUGAACCAUCAUUCUAAUAAUGUUAUGUUUGGAAUGGGUUUUGUUAUCAAUGAAAAAACAGAAUCUUUUAAUUGGCUUUUUCAAACUUUCCUUACAUCAAUGGGUGGAAAGCCCCCAAUAACCAUUAUGACAGACCAAGCUCCAUCCAUUGCUGCCGGGAUAAGGAAUUUUUUUCCAGAUGCUAGACAUAGAUUAUGUACGUGGCAUAUUGGGGAGAAUUCAAAGAAGCAUAUUGGGCAGUAUAGAGCUUUAGAUGGUUUUUGUGACAUAUUCAAUUAUCUUCUGAAGUAUUGUGAAACUGCUGCUGAAUUUGAAUAUCAUUGGCCAAGAAUGUUGACUCACUAUAAAUGCGUUGAAAAUCCAUGGUUGAAGAAUUUAUAUAAAAUCAGAGAGAUGUGGUGUCCUAUUUAUUCUAAGAACUAUUGGUCUGGUGGUGUGUUAUCAUCACAGCGUUGUGAAACUACCAACAAGUCAGUUUCCCAUCGACUUGAUAAGACACAAGGGCUAUGUGAUUUUUAUCAUGUUUUUUUGGAUGUUAUUUCUGAGUGGAGGAGCAAAGAUAAUGGUCAUGACUACAGAAAUUGGAAAGGUAGACCAGAAGUUGCAGCUGCAAAUUGCGGAAUUCUUUUUCAUGCGAGAAAGAUUUACACUAUAGAAGCAUAUGUUUUUUUUGAAGAACAAUUUCUUAAAGGGAUGGCAUGUUCUCAAGAAGAAAAACGCGGAAACACAGCUACAGAGAAAAGUUAUUAUGUGUGGAGGCCUAAAAAAGACUUGAUUAAGCAUGAAGUUCAGUUUAACCAAGAGACUUUUGCAGUGGAUUGUACUUGUCAGUACUUUACUGAAAUGGGUUUUUUAUGUUCUCAUGUGCUUCGUAUUUAUCAUGUGCAUUGUGUCCCAGAGAUUCCCAAUCUUUAUAUAUUGAAGAGGUGGACAAAAGCGGCUAUGUGUAGUCAUUUGGUUGAAGAUGAUGGUGAAAAGUCUAAUAUAGUUGCGGCUUCUGUUUGGAGGGCACAAACCCUUAGGAAUUUUGUUAAGCUUGUUAUGUCUAGUCAAGAUUCUCUUCAAGCUAGGGCUGAGGUUGAUUCUGCCUUUGGUCUUUUAAAAGAAAAAGUGGAGAGUAUUAGGGGUACUGUUGAUUUUUCUAAUCCUAAAGAGGCUAAAGGGAAUUGGAGGAGGAGAAAAGCAAAAUUUACAGAUGCAACAAGGUUUAAGGCUCAAUCUGCAGUCAUGGAGUUGGAUGAAGUUGGUGCCCCUGUGAUUUUCUCUAAUUCUCUUAAUGACUCAUCUGAUCUAGUUGUACUAGAUCCUUCACUAUUUCAGGUUGAUGCUUCUUUUCUGAAGCCACCUCCAAAAUAUUUUAGAAGAGGUGCUGUUGUUGAUAAAAAUGUAGAAUCAUCGGACAAGGAAAACAAUUCAACAAAUGAAACCUCAAAUGAUUCAUAUGUUCAUGGAAGUACUAAAACCGAUGCAUGUACAAAAGUUAAUGCACCAUCGGCUACUAAAGCACCAUCGGCUAAUAAAGCACCAUUGGCUACUAAAGGAACAUCAGCUACUAAAGCAAAAAAGGAUAAGCAGAGAUAUGAGUAUGAUAUCAGGAAUGCAUUUGACUUGGGACUUUCACCAUCACCGAUGGUUACUAAAGUUUCAUCUGUUACUAAAGCUCCAUCUUGUACUGAAGCUAAAGCUCAAGGACCUAUUCAUGCUUCAGAAAUUAUUCAAGUAGUACCUAAAGUUCAAGGAUCUAUUCAGGCUGAAAAAAUUACUCAAGUUGGACCUAAGGUUCAAGGACCUAAAGUUUCAUUGGUUACUAAACCUCCGUUGGGUACUAAAGGAUCUCAUCAAUCUGCUAUUGAUCAAGCUUAUUUGAAAUUCAAGUAUGAUGCAUUUUUAGCUCUUUUUGAUGAAUCAAUGGCUGCUGAAGAAGCCAUUAAAAGUCAAGGAUUUAGUAACUAUUGA